ACUACAACUUUCUCAGUUGGUGAAGACAGAACCAUGUGAAACCCUGCUCUAGUCUGUCCCACACUUCAAGUCCACAAGCUUCAAGGAUUUUUCAGAGAGGUUUCAAUUCAUUGGUUGAUCUUUCUAUAUAUACACAUCACAUUACCUAUUAUUUCUAUCAUCAACCAACAAACAAGCAAUACAUCCAAUAACUUGAACCUUUUCAUAACAUCUUCAGAAGCUUCAAAAGGAUUCAAACUUUCAAAAAAAAAAAAACUAGAAAUGGCUUUGGUGAGAAGUCUAUUGGGUGCAAAGAAGAUUCUUGGAGCUGCAACAAGCAAAAGAGCAACCUCGGCGGUACCAAAAGGGUUUCUUGCGGUGUACGUAGGAGAAAGUCAGAAGAUGAGAUAUGUGGUGCCAAUCUCAUAUUUGAGCCAACCUUCAUUUCAAGCUCUUCUCAGUAAAUCCGAGGAAGAGUUUGGGUUUGAUCAUCCAAUGGGUGGCUUAACGAUCCCAUGUCAUGAAGAUACUUUCAUCACUGUGACUUCUCGGCUUCAGUGAUGAUUAUCCAUCAUUUUGUUCUUAGAAUAGAGUUAGACUUGUUCCUUGUAAAUAUAGGAGAUUAUUUUUUACUCUUUCUUCUUGAAAUAGAGUAAACCAUUGGAAAUGGUCUAAACGUUUUGGAAGUUAAUGCCAUUAUUCUGUUACAUAAUCAUGAUUCAUGUUA